UCUCUCUGUCUCUCUCUCUUUUUUUUUUUUUUGCUUUUCUGAUUUCUUCCCUUAUCGGGACUCAAAAGAUAAGAGAUACAUCAGCAAAACAUGAUACCUAAACUAAUCGAGAGAGAGAGAGAGAGAGAGAAGAAGUUAAUAUGAGAUAGUGGGUGUUUAACCUCCAGUUCUUGAUCUUGUAAGGCUGAGAGAAGGAAACGAAUAGGCCAAGAAACAAAGAACCAGACAUGGAAAUCUAAGCAGCAUCAACACCACCCACAUGCAUACAAACCCAACAAAAAAGCAAUAAUGCCUAGAAAUUCUCAACGCAAAAUGAGACCCUGCAGCCGAGCAAAGUGGAUCCACUCAAACCCAUACACAGAGAGAUCAAUGGUUAUCUGCAGCUGCGGCACCACUCACCCUCUCAUCUUUCCCCGCUGGUGCCUCCAUUUGUGUGCACCCGCUGCAGCAGCCGAGAAGCCUUCGCACCGCGAGCCUUUGCAGCAUUUACUUCCACCGUUUCUUCCGCCUUUACUGCCUCUCUCUCUCUCUCUCUCUCUCUCUGUGUGUGUGUUCCGUGAUGGCAACUCAAGCCCAACGCCGCUGCAGAUUUCUGCUCCCGAAAGCCAGGGGAAAGGGAAAGAGAUGGACUUCCCCCAAGCUGCGGCUGGUGUCCUCGACUCGGCUCCCGCGUUUUUCGCCAAUGGAGCGGCGCCGUAUCCGAGGAAGAGAGGAAGAGAUGCCAUCGGCGUCCCGGUGGCGGCGGUGGCACAGCAGCAGAGCCACCCUGCUAACCUCUUCUCGCUGCAUGGCGCGCUUCCGCCUCCGACGCUCGUGAGCCUCGCCCAGCUCCAAAGCCGCCCGCCUCCCACCGUCUCCACCGGCCUCCACCUCUCCUUCGAAGAACAACACCAACAGCAGAACCAGAAGCAGUCCGACCCCCUUACCUCUUCUUCUUCCUGCUCUAUCCUCCCUUCUUCCCUUCUCCCCGAAGAAAUCGCCCCCUAUAUCAACCAAGAGAAGAACGAAAUCGGAAAGGUCCUUUACGCGCAGGGAGAACAACUGCGGCAAGCCUUCGCGGAGAAGUGGCGGAGGCACUACCGUUCUUUAUUAGGAGUGGCAAAGGAGUGGGCGGCGGCGCGGCUACGGGAGAAGGAGGCGGACGUGGAGCUGAGGAGGCGGCGGAGCGUCGAGCUGGAGGACCGCCUCACCCGCCUGCGAACCGAGUCGAGGACGUGGCAAGCCAAGGCCAUAGCGAACCAGGCGACGGCAGCUGCCCUCCACGCCCGGCUCCAACAGGCCGCCGCAGCACCGACUCCGGCGAAGGGAGGCGAGUCAGCCGAGGAUGCGGAGUCGGCCUUCGUCGACGCUGACCGAGUCGAGCCGGAGCGCGCGGCGUGCCGCGCGUGCCGGGGGCGGCCGGCCUCGGUGGUGCUCCUUCCCUGUCGCCACCUCUGCCUCUGCGACGCCUGCGACGACGAUGGCAGAGGCAGCGGAGGAGGAGGUGCGGCCGAGUCGUGCCCGGUUUGCCGCUGUGUCAUAACCGCAAGCGUCCGAGUCUUCCUCGCUUGAAACAUCCCCCGAUCUCAGCCGUCCAACAUUUCCAUCGGAGAGGAACUUAAUGCAAAUAAAUAAGAGAACUCAAAAAUAACGAAGAACAAAAAAAAAGCCGAUGCCAUUCAUCAUCGCCGUUCGUUUCGCUUCUUCCUCUUAUUGCGGGUGCCCCUCUGCCGUCUGAUUAUGAUCACAUGGCCACGGAGUCUUCUGAGAAAGCCCAAGCAUUCACCAUACGACCCGCCAUAUAAUUAUGUGCUUAGCUAUCGCUUCAUCAUGUGUUUCAUGAUCACAUAAAAUGUUCAUUUCAUGUGGUGUCCAAAGUGGGCUGUGAUGUAUGUUUCAUGAUUCUUAUAGCCCAAAAAAUAAAAUAAAAAUUCUACA